AUGUUCUUCCUCCGAAUCCACUCAGUGGACACCAACCACCCCGUCAGCCUCGAAGACGCCGAGUUCACCACCAUCUCCGCCGCCAAGUCCCCCGCCGCCGCCGCGCAAUCAAGCCCUAGGUUCAGCGAGCGGCGAGGAAUCGCGCAUCUGUUCCGAAGAAGAAGAGGAACCUCGUCGUCGUUGCCGAGCCACGGCGCCGCUGAGUCCUCUCUCCUCUUCGUCGUCGCCGUCCCGAACUAUCUCUCCUUCAACGACUUCAUCCGCUUCUGCGAGUCGCGCCUCGACCAUGUCGCCGAGCUCGUCUUCAUCAGGAACGAUGCGAUUGAAGAUCGGUACAGUGUUGUGAUAAGGCUUAUGAAUGAGUUGAAGGCAGAUGAAUUUUAUGGCAGUUUUAAUGGGAAGAAGUAUUCGCCUGGCGAGGCUGAGGUGUGCCAUAUAUUGUUUCUGACUUCAGUGGACUACACAGAUUCAGCGCAAAUAGCUGGGACGCCUCCAGAGGAAAAAUGCACCGAAUUGCCUAGUUGCCCUGUUUGCCUUGAGCGACUGGACGCAGACAGUAGUGGAAUAGCAACUACACUAUGCGACCAUUCAUUUCCAUGUCCUUGUAUCUCGAAAUGGACUUACUUAUCAUGCCAGGUUUGCCGAUUGUGUCAACAGCAGGAUAACAAUCCAGCUUGCUCUGUCUGUGGAAUAAUGGAGAAUCCUUGGGUUUGUGUAAUAUGUGGUUUUGUAGGGUGUGGAAGAUAUAAUGAAGGCAAACACGCUGUUAGGCACUAUGAGGAUACAAAGCACUGCUAUUCUCUUGACUUGAAUAGCCAGCAGAUCUGGGAUUAUGUUGGUGAUGCUUAUGUUCACCGCCUGAACCAAUCAAAAAUUGAUGGCAAGCUAGGAACUGAUGUCAAUUCUCACUGUAGAGCGUUGGGAGGAGAUUGUGAAAGUUGUGAAUGUAGUGAGGAUUCUGGAAUUAGUGGAGCCCUCUAUAGUAGCAAAGUUGAAACUAUUGUGGAUGAGUAUAAUCGACUUCUUGCAAGCCAGCUUGAGACUCAAAGACAGUACUAUGAAAAUCUACUGAUGGAGGCCAAAAGUAAAACUGAAAAUUCAAUGUCAGAAGCAGUGGAGAAGGCUAUAAAUUUAAAGAUACAGGAUAUUCAAAGUAAAUUGGAGAAGUCUCGUGAGGAAAAAAAAGCUGUUGAAUAUGUCCACCAAACUCUCAUCGAGGAGCAACAAACCUUGAGUGCAAAAUAUAAGGAAACUGAAGAGAGGGAAGCUAUGACAAUGAGGUUAAGAGACGAGAAGAUACUUGAUCUGGAAGAACAGAUUAGAGAUCUUACUGUCUAUAUUGGAGCCCAGAAAACACUGAAUGGCAUGACAAACUCCGAUGACAUCAAAGGGGGAACACUCCUACCUGUACCAUCUAAGCAGCCUUCUUCGGCCAAGAAUAGGAAAACAAAAUCUAGCAGAAGACGGAAUUAAAUAGUUUUAGGACAGCUUUUAGAUCAUGAAGUACUUUAGCAUUCAAUGAGAGUCUUCUUAAUUUACAGAUAUGACCUAAACAAUGUUGGCGUUCAAAAGUUUUUGUUGGGGUUCCCCAUUCGUCGACUAAUUUUAGGCAAUGGACUAGAUUUCUACAGUAGUAGAAACUUACUACAGGCAA